AUGGACCGCAGGCAGUCAGUGUCACUGUCACAAGCAGAACUUGUCUAUGUCAAGUCCAAGGUAUAUCUACAUCCCACUACGUCCAAGAAGGAUAACGUUGUGGGGUACUUGUCGCUAGCAAAACCCGGUGGCCCAUCCACUAAUAAGGAUAUUUUGCUUUCAUUCACUCCGGAGUCAACCCUCUCCAAGGAGGAGUUGAAGAUCUAUGAAGAUGCGGACAUUUCGGAGGAAUUGGCUCUGGAAUUGCUGGCGUUGCUGUUUUCAGGCAAUAAACGUACCAAGAAGCCCAAAUUGCCAAUUGUGAACAAGCCUCCUCUGUUCAGUGCUGGCUACGCAUUUUCUGUGAGCUUGUCUUACAUCUACCUGAUCCAGUUCCGGACUCCGUCAUUAGGAUGGUGGUAUGGAUCUAUUGUGCUCCACACCAAGUCGGGAGAAAAGUUGCCUGUGGUGUUUUUCCACGACGACGAGUCACCGCUGACGCUCCAAAGACAGAAGGUAAAAAAUCAGCGCUUUGAUCCAUUUGGUGAGGACGGUCUGAUGUACUGGGGAGGCCAGGAUUUCCUACAGGCACUCAGUCUUUUGAUCAAUGUGGACAGAUCCACAGUGGAGCCCUCCGUGUACUUGGUGGAUCCGUCUCUGGCAGAUUUGCGCAAUUUCUCACCUUUCAAAGAAGGUAGCAGUGUAGGAAAGCUGGCUACUACUUCGAAGGCUAAGACUGAACCGUUCAAGUUGCCAGACGUCAACAAGCUCUUUGCUACGGCUAAAUGGAGGGUUUUAGAGACAGUGGCUACAUUUGGUCUGCGCACAAAGAACCAGGUGAUAGACUUAGUUGACGAGCAUGUUCCGCAAGUGGUGGUGAAACAGCUAAUCAAUAAGCCCGAGGUGCAGAAGAUCGGGAACGAUUUCGACAGUGCACGAGUGUACUUAGCCAAAUGGGCAGCUCAAGUUAAAGAAGAGGCCGAGCAGUCUCAACGGAAAUUCAUGCUUGAAGAUGCUGUAUACGCUAGAAUCAAUCAGGAGUUGGGUACUGACAAAGAGCUUUUGACUCCAGAAGAAAUCAGCAAUGCAUCCAGAAGAAAGCCUGUGUCAAAAGUAGAGUGGGACGGCCUCUUCGAUGAGAGUGGACGUCUCACUGUGACGGUUGAAGAAGUCAAGAGCAGAAUAUUCCAUGGAGGUCUUGCGGACGAUGUCAGAAAGGAAGCCUGGCCCUUCUUGCUUGGUGUUUUCCCAUGGGACUCACUGUCCAAAGAGCGUGCGACUAUUUUUCAGAGUUUGCAAUAUGGCUACAGUGAUUAUAAGAGAAGGUGGGUUGACGACGAAGAAAAACGCCAGACGGAAUUUUGGAAAGAUCAGAAAGUUCGUAUUGAAAAGGACAUUCACCGCAACGACCGCAAUUUGGAAAUUUUUAAAGACAACAAGAGGAAAGACAGCACUUCUAGCCAAGGCGGGUCAUCUGCAAAUCAAACCGCCUCAAAUGAAAGAGAAUCAUCGCCUGAAACUCCUGAUGAAGACGAAGACUGGAAUUUGUCUCACAUCACCAAUAGGCAUUUGUUUAGUAUGAGAGAGAUUCUCUUGACUUACAACGAGUACAAUGUGAACUUAGGUUAUGUGCAAGGGAUGACCGAUUUGCUUUCACCCAUUUAUGUUGUGUUUCAGAGUGAAACCAUGGCCUUUUGGGCAUUCGCUGGGUUCAUGGAGAGAAUGGAAAGAAAUUUUGUGAGAGACCAGAGCGGCAUGAAAAGACAAAUGCUUGUUCUCAAUGAGUUGGUUCAGUUUAUGCUUCCGAACUUGUUCCGUCACCUCGAAAAAUGUGAGUCAACCGAUCUCUUUUUCUUCUUCAGAAUGCUUUUGGUUUGGUACAAGCGCGAGUUUGAAUGGGAGCAAGUCAACACCCUUUGGGAGGUACUCUGGACAGACUUUUACUCGAGUCAGUACCAUCUCUUUGUCGCUUUGGCGGUGUUAUCAGAUAACGAACGUAUCAUUAUCCAGAAUUUACUGCGCUUCGACGAAGUGUUGAAGUAUAUGAACGACUUACUGGGUAAGAUGAAUCUUCAUGAUCUCUUGGUGAGAGCGGAGCUACUUUUCUUGCGUUUCCGCAGAAUGGUGGAUCUCAUUGAUCGCGAGAAUCUGAUCAAGAGGCAACGAGGUGAAUUAUACGAGGCUCAGGUGAACCCCGACUUGCGUGAGUUGCUAUCCAAAAAGAUGGUUAUACAGAAGGAGGUAGAGAGACCUGAAGGAGUUGGGGGAGGUUGA